AUGCUGCCUAUGCAUCGAGGAUAUACCACACACAAUAAGAAUAAGCCGAGUAGAGAUGAUAAGACUUCAGGAGACAGUAAACUCAAAUGGAGGAAUAGGAGGGUGGGGCGAGUAGCGCGAGUGGGGAUGAAACUAAUGCUAGUGGGUCUCGCACUCGGAGCAAUAUUAUUCUUCUGGAGGUAUGAGCUGCAUAUCGAGUUGGCCAAGUAUAGGAGGGGCUGGGUGAAGACAACGAUCAAGCAAACGGAACCGCUUGGCGGCUGCUUUGCGAGAGCGAGCGAGGAUUACGAGUUGCGCCAAAUAACAUCACCUAAAUACAACCAGCUCCAAUCUGGUUUAUCUUACAAGCAUGGUUUUGAUUGCUACGGACACAGCAGACUGGUUCAGAUGCAAGACGGUCAAGGUAAGGUGCGCUCGACUAUUCAUCUCUAUUGGAGAUCAGACAUCGCUCCUCUCGGCUACAGAGAGAAAGUGCUUCUAGACUCCAUUUUAGCUACCCAGGAUCUUGAUUUCGUUGAUAUUAAGCUAUGGAGUAAUGGCGAUCUCCAACGCUUUAAUGAGGAGUUCCUUGAACAGUAUCUGCACGAUUUUCCUCAUCACUUUAGUGUUGGUAAUGUUGAUCUCCAUGGCUUGGCUAAGGGCACACCGCUCGAAGCGAGCGACAGACUGAAUCUCAACGAUCAGCGCGCUUGGCUGGAUGGAGAUGUUGUAAGGAUACUGCUUUUGUGGAACUACGGUGGUGUCUGGGUCGACAUGGAUAGUAUCCUCACGAGGGAUCUUCAGCCACUGCUUGAGCACGAGUUUGUCACUCAAUGGGAUUGCUAUGACAAACCUUACUCACCUUUGAACGGCGCAAUGAUGCAUUUCAAAAAACACUCGCCAUAUCUCUGCGAAAUGAUGCACAUAAUGCAGUACGACCCAGAACCUCGCCAGGGAUCGACAGACUGGGGAGCGCUGCUCUACCACAAGACACACCGUCGAUUGUUAAACAACGAUCCACCAAUCAAGCCAUUUGAAAUAUUGCCAUACUGCUUCACUGAUGGCAGGAGCUGCAGACUUGAUAACAGGAUAUUGGAUCCUUUUGAGAAGGACCCAAGUUAUACUGACCUUCACUGGUUGCAGUUCAGAGAGAGGCUUUCGUCAAUAUUCGCUAUACAUCUACACGGCCAAUACAGCAAAAAGAUACCAGAAGAUGGUUGGAUGCAACGUGAAGUGAUUGAGAAUCACAGGCGCAAGAUAACUAAGAUUAUUCCGCUAAUGACAUACCCUAAAACUGAUACAUUCAACAACUCGAACCUAUAG